CCCGUUCGGACGUGUUGGCGCUUGCCCGUCGAAAAUCGAAAUCGAAACACAGCUGGCCAGAGCGACGCGGUGCUGCUGCUCUCUGUGUGCGUGUGACUUGUGCGUGUGUGUGUGCUGGCGUUUACAGCGAUUGUGUUAAAUAAAUUGAAUUAAAGGCCCCCGAAAAUAAAUGCAAAACUGGCCACGCUUUAAAUUGAGUUUGUGCCCCACUAUUAAUGUAUGCCAAGUGAUAAGGGGGAGAGACGCCACGGAAAUCUACGAAAAAUUCCAAUAGGAAGAGCCAACAAAAAGUUCUGCACAACACAGUGAGAGAGUGGGGCGGGCGAAAAGAGAGAGACGAGAUAGCAAAACAGAACACAAAGCCGUUAUAAUAUCAGCAGUUUCGGCACUAUUUGUUGCUAUUUGUUUAUUGUUUAUUAACGCGUGUGAUUUUGUUGUUUUGAUCGGCCGUCGUACAAGUUGUUGUUGUGAUAACAACCGGUGUUUUUCGGUGCAACUCCCCCUCCCCCCGCCAAGCAUCCUGUUUGUGUAAAGCGGGAAGAAAAUAUCUCUUGGAACACACAAAAAAUGCAGCAGGAAGUGUGAUGUCACCGCAUUGGCCCCACGCUCCAGCAACAACAACAUUAAGAUCUACAAUUAUCAGCAACAAAAGCAAAUAUCGCCCCACAGCAACAGAAACAGCAACAGCAACAAGAUGAAGAUGCAGUUGCACUUUGUGCGUUUGUUGUUGCCACCGCUGCUGCUCCUGCUGCUGCUCAACACAUGUUUGCAAAACAUUCAGACGGCGGAAGCGUCAAAAGCACACACCGUUACUGCUAAGCAUUCUCCUGCCCUCGACGAGUUCUCAACUCACACUGUGAUACGUCCCCAGGUGCAACAUGGACGCACCAAGCGCAGCCUGCCAACCACUCUGGACGCCACCGACGGCCUUCACACGCCGCACAUCAGCCUGAGCUACACCCAUGAGGGCAGGCGAGUGACCAUCGACCUGCAGCGAAAUGAUCGCCUGCUGCCGGAGCACCACUUCCUGCGCUAUCAGAACUCGAGCAGAGCGGCUACUGGGGGUAAAGGCGGCGACGUUGUCCGCAACUUUACCAAGACUGAGGUUGAUUUAUGCCACUAUCAGGGACACAUUCGUGGCCAACCGGACUCUGUGGUGGCCCUCUCCACCUGCGAUGGUGCCUUGGAUGGCAUCGUCUUCGAUGGACAGCACACCUACUUUAUCCAUCCCCAUGUGGACAGCACGGGGCGACUGCAGGAUGACCACUAUCUGUUCAGACAGGCGGACAUGGUCCCAACGAAUGCCACCUGUGGCUACGAAAGCCAUAAUCAUGACCAGAAUGAAGAAGCGGCGGUAACCAAUGGAAUUGGGGAGAGUCCUUUACUGCCACACCGCCUGGAUGGCGGUGAAUUCCAACGCAACCUGCUCCGGAAGCGGCGCCAGGCAGACGACAGCAGUCAACUGAUCCGGGGUCCGUACAAUGCCAACAAAUACUCCAGCUAUGUGGAGUUGGUCAUCGUGGUGGACAACAAGGUGUACAAGCACUUCCAGGAGAGCGCCAAGAAGGUGCACCAGCACUGCAAGAAUCUGGCUAAUAUUAUAAAUUCGCUCUACGUUCCCCUUAACAUCUUUGUGGCUCUGGUGGGGGUGGUUAUAUGGAACGAAUCGAACGAGAUAGAGUUCUCCAGCGAUGGCGAUGUAACCCUGCGCAACUUCCUCAACUACCGAAGCACCAAACUGGUGGUGGAUCAUCCCAACGACAAUGCCCAGCUGCUGACCAAAGAAACCUUUGCCGGCGGCGUCGUAGGCAAGGCUCUAAAGGGUCCCAUUUGCACAUACGAGUACUCCGGCGGCGUGAGCAUGCAACACAGUCCCAACACUGCCAUGGUGGCCACUACGAUGGCUCACGAGAUGGGUCAUAACUUUGGCAUGGAGCACGAUUCCCCCGACUGCAACUGUCCAGACGAAAAGUGUGUGAUGGCUGCCUCGAGUACCUCGGUGGUGCCUGUAAGCUGGAGCAGCUGCAGCAUUGACCAGCUCACGAUAGCCUUCUCGCGCGGCAUGAACUACUGUUUGAGGAACAAGCCGGAGAGGCUCUUCGAGUCCCCCACCUGCGGCAAUGGCUUCGUGGAGCCCGGGGAGCAGUGCGACUGCGGGUUGCCCAAACACUGCACGAAUGCCUGCUGCAAUGCCGAGACCUGCAUGCUGCACUCCAAUGCCUCCUGUGCCACUGGAGAGUGCUGUGAUUUGGCCACCUGCCGUCCCAAAAUGGCGGGCAGUGCCUGCCGAGAGGCGGAGAACGAAUGCGAUUUGCCGGAAUACUGCACCGGAGAGUCUGAGUACUGUCCAUCGGAUGUGUUCCGCCGCGACACGGAGCCCUGCGAUGGGGGUCAGGCCUACUGUUAUCAUGGCAAUUGCCGCUCCCACUCGAAUCAGUGCCGAACUCUGUGGGGACCCACUGGGGACAACUCGGAGCAUUGCUAUGACAAGAACACCCUUGGCUCAAGGCUGGGCAACUGUGGCUAUAAUCGAUUGAACAAGACCUAUGUGAGCUGCCCUGCGGAGCAUGUCAACUGUGGCAUGCUGCACUGCAUCCACUUGAACGAACGCCUGGAAUUUGGUAUGGAAUCGGCGGCUGUGCUCUCCCAUUCCUACAUCAGUCACGACCGCAAGAUUGUGGCCUGUCGCACGGCCCUGGUGGACCUGGGACUGCAGACCACCGAUCCUGGCCUGGCGCCGAAUGGAGCCAAGUGCGGCGACGACAAGAUGUGCGUGGACCAGCGCUGCCUGCCAGUGGCUACGGUGCGCCAGAAGGGCAUGGGUACGCCCUGUCCAGAGGAUUGCAAUGGGAAUGGCAUAUGCAACAGUCGCGGGCAUUGCCACUGCGAUGUAGGAUUCGGCGGCGAGUCGUGCUCCAGAGCGGGAUCUGGAGGCUCCCCAGACAGUGGACCAGCCACGGAUCCAAAUGGCUCCGUUGGUCUCAAGCGAUUCUUGUACGUGCUCUUCUUCUUCGUCCUGCCCGUGGUGUUAAUCUGUUGGUUCCUCUUCAACUGCUACAAGAAGGGCUUGUUUGAACGCGGAAAACUGGCGGAUAAUAUCUCGAAACCCUCGGGAGGCAGCAAAGUCAUCACCACGCGUACCAAUCAAAAUGGCAGUGGUCCACCUCCCGGAAAUGGAGGACUACUCAAGUCCACGCCCAGCAGCACCGAUGACAUGGAUGCCGCCCUGCUGAAACAGCCCACUAGUGAUGCAGUGGGUCCUGCGGGACUGUUUGGAAAAUUCGAGGGCUUCACCCUGCGUCCGCUGAAUGAUGCCACCUCACCGGGCAGCAAUUACAGCGGUCCGAAUGUGGCCUUUGUGCAGCCCACAGUGCAGCAGGAUACAGGACCACAACGAAUGGCACCACCACCUCCAGCAGGAGCAGUCAAGUCAGGUGCAGUGCCAGUUCAUGCGCCCAAGCCAGAGGCCACCUGGGUCAGGCCGGCGCCAGCCCUGCCACCCCCAAAUCCUGGCUCCACGGCGCGACCCAUUAUCUCGCCACCCACCUUGGAUUCGAGCACAUUAACCAUGGUGCCGCUCAAGGGCAGUGCAGACGAGGAUCUUUCGCCUACGCGAUCCGCGCCAGCUCCGCCAGUACCCCUGCAUAUGGAUCCCAAGCUGAAUGUCAAGAGGGACGGCACCAUCCGACGCUUUGCCUCGUUCCUCAAGAAGGAGGAGAAGCCGCCGCUGAAGGAGAAGACCUACAUUGAUCGGGAGAGGCUGCGCACCCUGGAGAUAUCCGCCCCGAUGCCCGUGCCCGCUGCACCCCAAACGGAGUCCUCCAACUCCGAUUCGGAGACCACGCCACGCGAAGAGGAGACCCAGAAUCUAGUGAAGCGCGCCCAGUCCAUGCGAUCGCCCACGAAAAAGACGCCACUCCAAAGCUUUGGCUCUAUGCGUUCGCCACCGGGAUUACCGCGUCCCAAAAGCGGUCAGGUGAACAGCAGUGGCACCUCCAGACCCAAGUCGCCACCACCAAGACCGCCACCGGUAACGAUCAAGAAAACCAAUUCCAUUGGAUCCACGGGCUACCAGAGACCGGUGUCCACGGCCCAGAGAUCCGUGGAGAAUACCUACGACGACUGCGAGUUUGUGGAGGAGGAGGUUCGGGCCUCCAACGAUGAUAUAUACUCCGUGAUUGAUGAGAUUCCGCCGGCGGCCCAGACCCUCAAGCGGAGCGAUCUGGUGGCCAAUCGGGCGAGCAAUGGCAGCGACAUGGGAUUACUCAACGAGAUAGUUAACGAGCUGGAGAAGAUCAAUGGAGAUUCCAUAUAUUCGGGGAAACCAGUAGCCACAGGAGUUGCAGCUCCAGCUGAUCCCCCAAAGAGUCCCCAACGACCGGCGCCACCCAAGCCGGCGAGCAGUGUCCUGGAGGAAAAAGCAGCCGCUGCUACCACAUAUCAUCGCCCGCCGCCAGUCAAUGCACCGGUGGCUCGGGUCAAGCCCACACUGGCGGAGAAAACACAGCCUCCGAGUAUGUCCAGCUUCAAGCCGCCGGCAGGAACCGGUGGAACCAUCCAGCCAGCGCCAACUGUUGUCCAGGACAAGCGGAGCAGCAGCGGCAGCGUUAACGGAGUAGCCUCCCGACCCAAGUCGUUUCUGAAAAGCACAGCGAAAACACUGCCCAAUGGUACGGCGGGAGCGGCGGCCACGACUGCACCCUCGGCCACCAUACAAAAACCGAAGCCGCUCUCGGCCAAGCCAUCGUUCAGCGGCGGAGGAGGAGUCCUGGGCAAGCGGACAACGCCGCCCACAGUAAAGACGGUAACGGCAACGCCGCCAAAGUCCAAUAUAGCAUCGCUGACACAGCGAUUCGAGCAGAGCAAGUAGACUAAGGAAAAGACCGAGGAAGGGGGGGAAGAAGGGAUAAGGAGCUAGACCAAGGGCAUGGGCAGGAAAUGUAGAUUGGAUGAGAAAGGAAGAGAAGAUUCUUUUCCUCAACUGAAAUUAUUACUAUUUUAUUUAUUAUUCCAAAUUUAUAUACUUAUUUGACACCAUUUAUUUUAUAUUUUAUUUUGAAUUAUUUUAAAUUGUACAUGAAAUAGCUUAAAAUCCACAAAUUUAUUAAUUUUUAAAUCCUUAAAAAUUUGGCCUGCGGCCUAAAAAAACAUGUUUUUUAUUCUUUCCUCAAAAUUAAUAUAUUUAUAUUUAUUUUUUAGUUUAACAAAGGACAACAUAUUUGUAUGUAUAUACGCUUAGUAAUACUCUUAAUUUAAGACUUAAAAUAUAAUUAAAAUUAACCAGAAAUCUUUAUUUUUAAAUUUAUUAUUUGUAAACAAAAACAUUCACUAUGUUUAAAUAAGAGGUUCUAAUAUGAAAAGGCUUUAAAAAACCUUCUUGAAAUGAAUUUUAAUUUAAUUUCUUUAAAACAAAAUUAAUUUCUAGCCACAUUGUGAUUUUAGGCCCAUGUCCUUGGCUUUGCUCCGCUCCAUUUCGACUUUUGAGUUAGUUUUUAGUUAAUAUAACGAUCAAAAAAAUUUAAUUUUGGCACUGACUAUGCCUGAGACUACGACUGCGUCGUCCCUGAUAUUCAUUCCUUUACCGAUCGAUGUGUCCCACUAGUUAGACGUUAAGGCUUUGCUUAACCCCUGUGCUAAGUAUGAAUGUAUCUCAAUUUGUUAAUCUUAGAGCGCAUUUUAAUUUAGAGCCUAGCGUUAGCCGAGUAUUUUAUAUGUGUAUCUAUAAUCCUGUAUCUAUUACUCCGACAGUAGUCCAUGUAUUUAUGUAUAUGCAAUAUGCUUUUGUAAAUAAAAACCAAAGAUGUUCAAUUGUCACAGCAAAUGCGCCGCCCCUCUCGAGGCAAUCAAUUAUAAAGUGUUGUACAGCUGGGAUAUUGAUGAUUUAUGAAUAAAAAUAGUACGAGAAUUCGAUGCAUUAGCGAAAUCAAUUUUAAAUGUCUAAAUGUUGCAAAGAAAAACUACGUUGUAUGCCCCUAAAUAUUUAAGAACGAUAUCGAAAUGUGUAUAGAGCCCAAGUUAUGUUAAUGAAAUAUAAGUUUAACUAAAUUCAA